AUGAUGCACCUCACCAAACCUUCCUUUCCUUCAGUAAAAAUCAGUCAUUUUGCAUCAACACCCUCUUUGGAUACUGGCGUCAUAGUGCCUCGCUCGCUGGGCCAGCCCACAAAUGAAGGUAUCGGUGGUCAGUUCAAGCCAAUAUUGCGAUAUCCAUCCAUUAUUUCAUUCAGCGGAGACAGCCAGGCAACAGGAGCCGACGGGUCAGACUCUGAAUUUGAUUUCCCAACAACCAGUGAAAAGUCACCUCCACAACGCUGUCUUGUAUUUCGCGACACUGCUCGUUUGUUUCGCGGCUCCCGAACCCGGGAAACUCACGUUGAACAUCACGGUGCUAAACACUUGAACAUUCAACACGUUUCUCCCAUUCUGGUUUCAAUCUCGGCGACUACCGCUCCAAAAAGCAAAUUCUUCUUGGCGCAUGACCAUCACUUGUGCGGCAACCCUACCCCCCCACAGUUCAAGAUGGGCGGCACCAUGAAGAGGUUCAUACGUCGCGCGACUGCCAAGCUCUGGUUCAGAAAGCGUUCCGCGCGACCCACAACCCCAGUUCCUCGUUCUCAUCACCACUCUAUUCACUCGCCAGAUGGCUCGCGCUCUUCCGUGGGGGAGCCCAAUACCUCAUCCCCAAGGGUUGAUACGACGGUUGAUGUUCAACCGAAGCUGAGCGCCCCACCGUCUCCUCUUGGUUCGUUGCUCCAGGCCUUGUCUACUUGGAGCUUCGAGGAGACUUCUGGGUCUGAAUUCGGCGGAGACAGGUGUGGCAAAGUCGAUAAUUCAUCAUCGCCCUUGUUCGAGACUGCCCCUUCGUCCCCCGCAUUACCAGAGAUCGAAAUUGUGGAUAAAUCCGCCGAUAAGCGUGAGGAGGAAAGAGGUGUCUUGGACGCUUCCAGCAGUCAAGAUCCGGUACCCAGAAAAGGAUGGGAGACAGUCAUUCAUGACGACGGCAACAUAAACGCUGAGCGUAGCCUUUCGGACGACCCGCAAAACAUACCUCAAAUUGACAAUAAUCCUCACCCAUCCCUGGUGUUAGUGCCCUUAGCACAUGUACCAUCGCCAGCCUCAUCCCCCUCGUCCCCCUCGUCCCCCUCCGCCUUCUCGACGACUACAAGGGCCUCGACGACUUCGACGAACACAACGAUUUCCACGACCUCGAUGCCUACUCGUUUACUUAUCCCCUCUGUUGCACGCCCCGUUCCCCCCACUAAGCCCUCAAACCGAGUAUCCAUCUUUCGCCGUUUCAUCUCUUCCUCGGCGAAAAAGAAGAAACCUAGCGUCGUGAAGGCUUAUCCGCCUCCCCAACCCCUCGACGUGAAGAUGCACACGAACAGCUCAAUCACCCAGCGGCUGAUGCAUCUUGAUGAUGAUGAAUCCAAACGUUUGACCGAAAUCGCGUAUUUAUGA